AUGCUGUCAAACUGCGGAGUACCACAAGAUUCCUUGGCGAGAGCCGCUACGCUUCAAGAGUGCGAUCGAGCGAGAGACCCUGAAGGGAUUCUAAGUUUCCUGGAGACUACUAUGAACAUUGAGGAUUACUUGGAGGAUAUUACACAUAUGACAGGUGUUCCCGUGGAUGAUCUUGAUUUGGACGACAUGGAACUGCAGAAGUGCAAUAUUCUUUACAAUGAAGGCAAAGGUGCACAUAAUUACGAUGCAUAUGAUCCUUUCGCUCAUUCGGAUCUCAUUGUUCGUGAACAAAUAAAUCCCGAUUCCUAUUUAAUUGAUUCGGCAACGCCUACUGCAACGCCCAGUCCCGCACUAGCAGAAAUUAAGAAGGAGCCAGAGUGGGAAAACAGUCAGCCAUCCAACUCAUCAACUCGUUCGUCAAAGAGGUCGACGCGAAGCGUGCAGUCUGUGGAGCCUUAUGUGCCCACUACUACAGCUCGCAAGUAUCGACUAAAGAGUCCGCAAGAGCGGAACAACAUUUCGUACAAAGUCAAACGGCAAAGGAACAAUGAUGCCGUCCGUAGGAGUCGAUCGAAGGCAAAGCAAUUGCAAAUGAUGAAGGAGAAGCAGCUGGAGGAAGCCCUAACGGAGGUGGCUGAAUUGAAGGAAGAACUUCGUGUUACCAAAGAAAGACUAUCUCGUUGCCGCUGCCGACAGUAA